AUGAGCUACUACUACGGCAACUACUAUGGUAGCCUUGGUGGCUUCGGUGGUCUGGGCUAUGGCUACGGUUCCAGCUAUGGCCUUGGAGGCUAUGGUGGCUAUGGCUAUGGUUCCAGGUAUGGCCUUGGAGGCUAUGGUGGCUAUGGCUAUGGUUCCAGGUAUGGCCUUGGCGGCUAUGGUGGCUAUGGCUAUGGUUCCAGGUAUGGCCUUGGCGGCUAUGGUGGCUAUGGCCGCUUCCGUCCCUCUUUCUGUGGCAGAUACCAGUUCUCAGGAUUUUACUGA